AUGAGAUUCUCUCUGCCUAUUCCAGUGUUCCUUGGAGUCUUGGGUUCUGCAGUCAGUGGUUCAGCACUAUCUAAACGGGACCUUUGCGGACAGUGGGACUCGGUCUCCGCCGGAGCCUAUACUAUUUACCAGAACCUCUGGGGUGAGCAGAGCGCUACAUCUGGGUGGCAGUGCACCGGCUUGGACUACCAGGGUGAAGGUGUGAUAUCGUGGCACACGUCCUGGAACUGGCAAGGAGGUCCAAGCAGCGUAAAGUCUUACGCCAAUGCGGGUUACACUUUUGGUGCAAGGCAACUUAGUUCCAUUUCGAGUAUACCGACUAUCUGGAAAUGGAGUUACACUGGUUCUAAUAUUGUUGCCGAUGUUGCUUAUGAUAUAUUCACCAGCUAUUCUCCCGGGGGCUCUACGGCAUAUGAGAUCAUGAUCUGGCUUGCUGCUAUUGGCGGUGCUGGCCCAAUAAGCAGCACGGGUUCACCAGUCGCUACAGUCACAAUUGCUGGAACUCCAUGGGACCUCUUCAAAGGCCCGAAUGGGGCUUCGACUGUCUUCAGCUUCGUCGCUCACAGCGAGCAGACUUCAUUCAAUGCCGACAUUCUCGACUUCUUCAAGUACUUGAUUCAGAGCCAGGGCUUGCCCUCCAGCCAAUAUGUGAGCGGCAUCGCUGCUGGGACCGAGCCAUUCACUGGAACGAAUGCUCAGUUGACAACUGGUGAGUAUAUCAUUGCAGUCAACUAA